AUGAUUCUCAGAGACGCCACUCUUGCCAACAAGGGCAGAGUCAACCAGGCCAUCAAACCCGAAAUCCUCGAGAUCAUUGCCAUGCUACACCACUCUGGUGCCAUGCCUUCGACCAUCUACUCGUAUUCACCCCCAAACGAUCCCGUUUCCUUGUGUCAGCCUCCGACUUUGCAUCUACUAUCCAACCAGAUCAUCACAUCCCUGACAGACGCCGCUUGGAGGGCUCACGAGACCAACGUUGUUGAAGACGCUAAACAAAGAGGUGGCUUUUACGAGUCCCUGAGACCCGAGAUCCCGGGUUCCAUGUACAAAGUCCGUGUUGCUGGCCUAGGUCACGAAGUAUGGCUCGAAUUGGUCUUGUGGGCAAUGCUGUAUGGCCGUUUUUACAAGCAGGGCAUGAUCGCUCUUACACGUUUGUCACAAUUGCCCCAUGACAACGAAUGGUCUGUAUUAUCUUGGAGAGAGCUGGCCAACCCUAUCAUCCAGUCUGGGCAGGAGAAAUCUAUCAACUGGGAUGAGGUCAAAUACAUCUUCAACACGGGCACCUCUGACACUGACCAGAUCGACAAUAAGAAAAAGGUUCGCAGAACUGUAAGUGCAGAGGUUAUUGCUUCGAUGGUUGAUGCCGCUGUAUCUCAUGUCAGCGCUGGUGUUGGCUCGCGAGGUAUGUCUCCCGGGAACCCAGCACGCUUCAUCAAGCAGAUGAAGUUAUUCUUGGAAAGAAACAAUAUGAGUCUUGGCUACACCUCAUGGGACGCCAUCAUUCUCCGCUUCUUCGAGUCAAGAGGUGUCGAUUUCGAAAAGGACCCACAACUAGCAGGCAAGAUUAGCUCAGCGACUUCUAUCUUCGGCGACGACAUCUCUACUGCAAACGCUCCGACUCGUGAUCAGCUUUGGCAACCCACUCCAGCAUAUGUCCUGGAUGGUUCUGCAGCCAGCAUUGGCUACUACCACCGCCUUCUUAGAGCUCAUAUCAAGCUUGGAAGUCUACCAGGUGCCAUGGGUGUAGUCAAAGAUUUGCAAAAAUUGACUGACCUCAACAAGCAAAACUCGAUACAAGAGUUCUUCGCAAAGCAGCAAGACGCCAUAACGCAAGACGAAGACGACGAAACGUCUGAAUUCGGUUUUCAUGGCCGUUAUGGCGGUAUACAUUACCCCAGCUUCUUUCCUCAAAUACCAGUCCCAAUUCUGGCCGAUCUCGUCCACCUGGUAGUUGACGCUCAAGCCCUCGAACUGGGCUCAUGGCUACUGUACUCUGAGGAUCUGGAUGGUCCACUUGUCCACAAGGGCUUGUACACUGAUCCUAUCAUGGCCGCGCCUCUGAUCAGACUUGCCGCUAGUCUUUCUGACGAGGUUCUCAUGGCUGAAAUUCUCAAGUAUCAGAAGAAACAUUCGCAAACAGACCAUUCCGAGAAGGUCUUGGAUGAGAUUCUCGAUCAGCAGGUAGAGGCAGGGAAUUGGCCUCUUGUUGACAAGGCUUUGGAAAGCUUC